ACGCACUUUAGCUCAUGUCACGACAUUUGCUCUCAUGCCAGCUAUCAGAGCGAGCAACAUGAAGGCUAUGUUCUUCGUCUUCCUUGCCAUCGCUUUUGCCUUGGCUGCUGUCAGUGCCUAUCCCUACUACAAAGGCUCCGGCCACUUCGGCGGUGGCUAUGGUGGUGUCGGUCUGGUCAAAGGUUUCGGCUACGGAGGCUACGGAGGCUACGGAGGCUAUGGAGGAGGCUAUGGAGGAGGCUAUGGAGGAGGCUAUAGAGGAGGCUAUGGAGGUGGAUUCAGGAAAGUCGUUGGUUUUGGCGGCUAUCGCGGUUAUGGUGGCUAUGGUGGAUAUGGCGGCCACAAAUUCGGCAAGUUCUUCCAUGGAUAAGCAUCUACAUUAGAAAGUACCAAUGAGAGACUCGUCUCAAGUUGUCCAAUCUGCGGCCAUUGGCACACACUGGGCACAGAAAGGUCCGGAUUUGUGCGCUGCCACUCCUAAAUGUUCCUGCGUAAGCAAACUAUUUGUGCUCAACACAUCAUUUAAAAAUAAAGCUCUUAUUCAACCAUCCAA